UCCAAGACGCUGGAAGAGCUCUCGGAGAUCUACGCCAGCGCUGCCGAUGCACAGGAGAUUGCAGCCACCAGCAGCGACCCUGUCCUGGCCCGGGAGCGACUGCAGUCUGUGCUGCGGGACAUCGCCGGGGCUGCAUCCUUCCCUGCCAUCACGGGCGAGGCUCAGCCCCACAAGCUCCACACCAUCCCCAUCCCUGCCGCUCGCUGCUACACUUACAGCUGGGAUCAGGAUAACUUUGAUAUCCUCAAUGAUGUCCUCAGCAAAGAGUGCAGCGUUGUUGAGCCCAUGGCCUUGGAGAACGACGAGGAGGAUGAAGAGGAGGAGGAGGAGGUGGAAACCGAUGGCUGUUCCCCCGAGCAGGACUCACCUCUUUCCCCCAUGUGCGCCAUUUCCAAAGACUCUGUGUACUCGGCGCUGUCAGAGGAAGGAUCUAAGCCAUCGCGAGUGUCCCUCUUCACCACGUCCAAGGACUCCAUCUCGGAGCUGACGAUGGUCUCCAGAAAGUCCCUGAAGUCAUUUGUCUCCAGUUUGAAGGACUGCAUGGACAGCGGGUAUGCGGAGGACAGCGAUGAGAACUCCCUGGACAUGGUGGGGAGGCCGGAGCUGAAGGUAGAGAAGACCCACCACAAAUACAGACACACACUGACCAACAAGAUCUACAAACUCUUCAAGAGCAAAAGCCAGCUGGUCUUGAGGAGGGACCUGAAGGACUGCCCAGACACGGGCUCACUCUCACUGCCCCUGCGCCGGGCCGAGAGCCUGUGCACUCCCCAGGCCAAGCACCGCAUCCUGGCGCGCUCCCGGCGCGCUCACUCGCUGCCGCAGCACCCGUCGCGACGGCUGCCAGCCCCGCUCGUCCCACAGCACCUCAGCCUCCACCGACGGCCCUUCCUCAGCUACGAUGAGGAUGCCAAGAUGUCCACGCUGCGUGUUGUGGUCUUCGGCUCUGACCGCAUCUCGGGGAAAGUGGCCCGAGCCUAAAGCAACCUCAGGCUCAAGGAGAGCACCUGCCCCUCACUGACAAGGUACUUCAAGCUGCAAUUUUUCUAUGUCCCUGUGAAGAGGAGCUGCUUGGCUCCAUCGACUCCACUGAUGCAUCCCUCUCCAUCCCUGGGGGACCCACAGCUCCGGGCUUCGGCACAGGUGGAUCCCACCUUGGCUGGGAAGGAGAGCAGCACCAACGACAUCUCCCACUACAUUGGCAUGUUGGACCCAUGGUACGAGCGCAACGUUCUCGGGUUGAUGAACCUACCCAUGGACGUCCUGUGUCAGUCUGCGAAGCCAGAGGCUGAGCCCCAGGAGGACUCCCAGGAGCAGUUGCCCAUCCUGGCAGACAUGAUCCUCUACUAUUGCCGCUUUGCCACGCGUCCCGUCCUUCUGCAGCUCUACCAGACAGAGCUCACCUUCAUCGGGGGAGAAAAGAUGACCGAAGUCUUCAUCCAUUCCCUCGAGCUGGGCCACUCGGCAGCCACGCGGGCCAUCAAGGCGUCAGGUCCAGGCAGCAAAAGGCUCGGCAUAGAUGGAGACAGAGAAGCAAUCCCACUAACACUACAGAUCGCCUACAGCAAG